AUGGGUGCUCAGGGCCCCGGCUGCGCUCCGCCUAUGCCCGAGGGAGGCUCAGAGGACCGAGGGCCGCGGUCCGCGGCGGGCCCGAAUCAGACACCUCCGGGGCCACGUGGCCCUGAGCCACGAACGGGAGUGGGCAGGGGGGGCGCCGACAGGGGGCGGGCCUGGAGAGGCCCAGGGCGGGAGGGCGCCGAGACCUCCGCGCCCCUCACCCCAACCCCAAGCCCAGGCAUGCACGCCCGACCGCCUGCUCGGGGUCCCGGAAACACUCCGGGCCCCCGGGCCGGGCCAGGUUUGCUGGCCAGGGUUACUGGUGUGCGGGGACGGGGAGGCUUCGGCCGGGCUGCCGGCCCUGGCCGGCGCGCCCCGUGGAAAGGUGCGGCCGGCUGGCUCGACACGGCACAUCAGAGCGAAAAGGAGGCGCAGCGCAGGGUUUUUAAAGGCAGGUGCCGGGCAGGAUGGGUGCUCAGGGCCCCGGCUGCGCUCCGCCUAUGCCCGAGGGAGGCUCAGAGGACCGAGGGCCGCGGUCCGCGGCGGGCCCGAAUCAGACACCUCCGGGGCCACGUGGCCCUGAGCCACGAUCGGGAGUGGGCAGGGGGGGCGCCGACAGGGGGCGGGCCUGGAGAGGCCCAGGGCGGUAGGGCGCCGAGACCUCCGCGCCCCUCACCCCAACCCCAAGCCCAGGCAAGCACGCCCGACCGCCUGCUCGGGGUCCCGGAAACACUCCGGGCCCCCGGGCCGGGCCAGGUUUGCUGGCCAGGGUUACUGGUGUGCGGGGACGGGGAGGCUUCGGCCGGGCUGCCGGCCCUGGCCGGCGCGCCCCGUGGAAAGGUGCGGCCGGCUGGCUCGACACGGCACAUCAGAGCGAAAAGGAGGCGCAGCGCAGGGUUUUUAAAGGUGCCUGGCGGCAACCGCCUCCAUCUAAGAUCAUACCACCCUGAACGGGCCAGAUGUCUUCUGAUCGGGGAAACUAAGCAGGGUUAG